UGCCAGCGGGAUCUCUAGGACAUUCCCCAGAGCAUCCGUGAGCUUGGAAAGCCGCGGUAGCUGCGGGCUGCGGCGGCGCGGUAGUCCGGUGCGAGAGAACCACCGCAGACAGCAACUGGCUCAGAAUAGAGCAGCGGCUUUACUGACUGAGGCCGGCAGCUCCUAGGAGGGAAGAGAAGCGAGGACUUUACAAGAGAAGGUCUCCCCAGGACAUCAUGCGGAGUGCCGCCAAGCCCUGGAGUCCAGUCGCCAAGGCAGGCAGCCAUGGUCCUGACCGUACCCGGCCCCUCCCUGGGACUCCUUCUGGCCUGAAGAGCUCCAAGUCAUCCACCUCGCUGGCCUUCGAGUCUCGGCUUAGUAAGCUCAAGAGGGCCAGCAGCGAGGACAUGCUCAACAAACCUGGAAGUGCCUCAUCAGGGGUGGCGAGACUGAAGAAGACCUCAACCUCCGGAGCCAUCUCUGAGCUCACCGAGAGCCGUCUGAGGAGCAACACAGGGACUAUUCCAACAACUAAACGGACAGGCAUUCCAGCUCCACGGGAACUCUCAGUAACUAUCUCCAGAGAGAGGUCUGUGCCACGUGGUCCCUCCAGCUCAAAGAAGUUGGGCUCUAGCCCAACUUCCUCCUGCAAUCCCACUCCUACCAAGCAUCUAAGGACCACUGCUGCAAAACCUAAGCAAGAGCAUGAAGGUGCAGAGAAGGCUGUGCUCGAGUCCCAGGUACGGGAACUUCUGGCAGAAGCCAAAACCAAAGACAGUGAAAUCAACAGACUUCGAAGUGAACUAAAAAAAUGUAAAGAGAGGUGGGCCCUGAGCACUGAGGACACCAGUGCUUCAGAUCCAACUGCAGAGGGAAUAUCAGCCCCAGUAGGUGACACAGAGCCUUUGAUAAGAACCCUGGAGGAGAAGAACAAGACCUUUCAGAAAGAACUCGCUGACCUAGAGGAAGAAAACAGGGCCUUGAAGGAGAAACUGACUUACCUUGAGCAGUCACCAAAUUCAGAAGGGGCAGCAAGUCACACUGGUGACAGCAGCUGCCCAACAUCUAUAACCCAUGAGUCCAGCUUUGGAAGCCCAGUUGGAAAUGAGUUGUCCAGUGAAACGGAUGAGUACAGAAGAAGCACACAUGGGAGUGCGUUGCGGACAUCAGGGUCUUCAAGCAGUGAUGUCACCAAAGCCUCUCUGUCACCGGAUGCCUCAGAUUUUGAGCAUAUCACUGCAGACACCCCAUCUCGGCCCCUGUCAGCCACCAGCAACCCUUUUAAGAGUUCCAAGGGCUCCCCUACUGGGAGCUCUCCAAACAAUGCAAGUGAGCUGUCCUUGGCAUCUCUCACUGAGAAGAUACAGAAGAUGGAGGAGAAUCAGCACAGCACUGCAGAAGAGCUGCAGGCUACUCUGCAGGAAUUAUCAGACCAGCAGCAGAUGGUGCAGGAACUGACAGCCGAGAAUGAGAAGCUAGUGGACGAGAAGACAAUUUUGGAGACCUCCUUCCACCAGCACCGAGAGAGGGCAGAACAGCUGAGUCAGGAAAAUGAGAAACUGAUCAACCUUUUACAAGAGCGAGUGAAGAAUGAGGAACCUAGUGCCCAAGGAGGAAAAAUCCUUGAGCUGGAGCAGAAGUGCACAGAUAUUCUUGAGAAGAGCCGCUUUGAGAGAGAGAAGCUGCUCAACAUUCAGCAGCAGUUGACCUGUAGCCUACGGAAGGUCGAGGAAGAAAACCAAGGAGCUAUAGACAUGAUUAAGCACCUGAAGGAAGAAAAUGAAAAGCUGAAUGGGUUCCUAGAACACGAACGGUGUAAUAAUAGCAUGAUGGCCAAAACUUUGGAGGAAUGUAGAGUUACCUUGGAAGGCUUGAAAAUGGAGAAUGGGUCCUUGAAGGCUCAUUUGGAGGCCGAUAAGCAAAAAGCCAUAGAGGCCAGCAGUACGGUGGGGCAGACAGCAGAGAACUUCGAGGUUCAGGAAAUGCUGAAAAUGGCUCGAGCUGAGAAAGAUCAGUUGCAGUUAUCUUGCACAGAGCUCAGACAAGAAUUACUAAAGGCAAAUGGUGAAAUCAAACAUGUUUCCAGCCUGCUAGCUAAGAUGGAGAAAGAUUAUUCUUAUCUGAAAGAGGUUUGUGAUCACCAAGCAGAGCAGCUGAGCAGAACCAGCCUAAAAUUACAAGAGAAAGCUUCAGAAAGUGACGCAGAAAUCAAAGACAUGAAAGAAACCAUAUUUGAAUUGGAAGACCAGGUGGAACAGCACCGUGCUGUCAAGUUACACAAUAAUCAACUCAUCAGUGAGCUGGAAAGCAGUGUGAUCAAGCUGGAGGAACAGAAGUCAGACCUAGAGCGGCAAUUAAAGAUGCUAACCAAACAAAUAAAGGAGGAAACAGAGGAAUGGAGGCGGUUCCAGGCAGACCUGCAGACUGCAGUGGUAGUGGCCAACGACAUCAAGUGUGAGGCUCAGCAGGAACUGCGCACUGUGAAGAGGAGGUUGCUGGAGGAGGAAGAGAAAAAUGCCAGGCUGCAGAAGGAGCUGGGGGACAUACAGGGGCACAGCAGACCUGUGAAGGAAGAGCCAGAGCCUUCAGAGGUGGAUGCUGCUGGCCGGUGGCGUGGAGUCUAUGUCAACAGAACAUCUCCAGCUCCUUCAGACUCUGCAACCACUGUAAAGUCACUGAUCAAAUCAUUUGACUUAGGACACUCAGGUGGAACUGGACAAAAUAUUUCUGUCCACAAGACUCCCAGAAGUCCCCUGAGUGGAAUCCCAGUCAGGACUGCUCCGGCAGCUGCUGUUUCUCCAAUGCAGAGACAUUCGACAUACAGCAGCCUGAAGCCAGCCAGCAAAGGGGUGUCUCAGCGCUUGGAUCUGCCGGCCCUUCCCCUCUCCGAUCUUCUGAAGGGAAGGGCUGAGGAUCGGAAGUCAGACCCCUUCCUCCGAAAGAGUCCCUCACUGGAGUCCCUGAGCAGACCCCCCUCCCUGGGCUUUGGGAACAGCAGACUGCUGAGUGCGUCCACCGGGGGGCUGAAGCCAAGCAAGCUCAGUGUGGAAAGAAGAGACCCUCUGGCAGCCCUGGCCCGGGAGUAUGGUGGCUCUAAGCGUAAUGCACUCCUGAAAUGGUGUCAGAAGAAGACAGAAGGUUAUGAGAACAUUGAUAUCACCAAUUUCAGCAGCAGCUGGAGUGAUGGACUGGCCCUCUGUGCUCUGCUGCACACUUACCUGCCUGCCCACAUCCCAUACCAGGAGUUGAACAGUCAGGAGAAAAAAAGAAAUCUCUUGUUGGCAUUUGAAGCAGCAGAAAGUGUAGGCAUCAAACCCAGCCUGGAGCUCAGUGAGAUGCUCUACACAGACCGGCCUGACUGGCAGAGCGUGAUGCAGUAUGUGGCCCAGAUCUACAAGUACUUUGAAACAUAGCCAGACCAACUAGCUGCCGCUUGGCCUCGUUAGUCCUGGACGCGCCUGCUCACUGUCCAUCAUACCUGGUAUGCCCACCACCUCGCCACCUGGAGCUGCAAGGAAGGCUCGAGCCAAGUGGACCAGCACUCCAUCGAGAAGCAGAGCUGCCUCCACCGUGUCCCCACCAUGCGGACCAGAGGCAAACAUGUCUGGAGCCUAUGCUCAGGAAUCCUUGUUCCCGAUGGGAAGUUUCUAGAGAGGCAGGCCCCACUCCUCACAUUCUGGGUCCCCAAACCCAGGCCCUCUCCUGUGAGAUUCCAGUGUCACCAGUCCCUUUUGCAGCCCACACGUGGUCUACAUGCUGACAACAGCCCUUCACUCACCGUGUCUCUUCUCCCCCGCCCCCUUACUAAAACGCUUUGGCUUUGCUUCAGUCCAAACUCUGUCCUUACCAACCACCUUCCCCUGAAAUAAAGCAGCACCAUACAGAACAGAAAAACAAAAACAGCUUUUGCUUCUUAGCUACCUAGAAACACACUGAUUAGGGAAAUAACUUGCUCAGCUCUGUGUAGCUGACGACUUAAUUACACUGCAUAGGUCUCACUGUCCCUAUUUGAUUCCUCACGUGUGCAAAGGAGCCCUCGGUGCCUUGCUGAUGGUCUACGGGAGGCCAGCUGGCAUGCACAUUAACCACACAGCCUGAGUACAGGGCUGAUGUCCUGGCUGAUGGAGCCAUGACCAUUGUCCAAAUCACCUUCUGCCCACUAUUUAUUUACAGUUCCAUCACACACACACACACACACACACACACACACACACACACACACAUCUGCCUAACAUAGGGGACUCAACAGAAGUCACUUAUGCGUGUGGAGCAGCCUGUGCUGGUAAGCUCCUUGCACAUUUGCACAGUUCGACAGGGUAGGAAGACAGAAAUAUAAACUGUGUUUUAGCUCCAGACAGAGUUGGUCCUUAGCACUUGCUUGGCCUUUUACAUUUGCCUGAUGGAAGGAGCUAUUAGGAACAGUCGCACUGUCCCUGAUAUCCUGCUGCUUCCCUGAGAAGCUGCAUGGACCCUCCCUGAGGACUCGGGCUCCUUGGCUCUAGAGUCUAGAGACUUUUUGCUAUUUUUCUUGGACAAAUAAAUGAGCACUUGAUAGCAAAUGAGGUGCCCCUUUCUCAGACAGUCAGGUGUGCACAAACACCCAUUAUUGUUCUAAGUGCCAAAUAGCCCUGUGCUGGUCCUUUGAGAAAGGACCUUGUUCACAGCAACCUCUGAGAUUGACCGCCAAUAGUGCUAGUGAAUUUCUGCCUGCUUAUCUGAGCCACCCUGCUGGCCCAGUCUGUGUCCUCGGAGGACCUGGGUUUUGUCCCUCCCUCCAGUCCAUCCCUCUGAUAGGUGGCAGCUGGGUGCAGCAGCACUGAUUCUCAAACUGUUGUAGCCUCUUGGUGUCCCAGACUCCACCUUCAGGCUCAAUCUGUAGUUCUUGGCUGUGGCUCCAUCCAGUUCCCCUGGGACUCCUAGGAACUGCAUGCUUGACCCUCCGAUCAGGUGAGUCAGAAUAACCGGAACGGAGCAGAGGUGGAGUCUGCAGAUUCUCACAGUUCUCCAGAACUGGUGGACAGCCAUGUAGAGAGGCAGGGCACUCCCCCCCCCCCAACUCCCUGUGCUCCCCACAGGAGCUCCUGAGCCGCAGUUUAGGGACCACAGUCAGCUGUGAAAUGGGCCCCUUCAUCUCCAGGUGGAAGUCUAGGCCUCAGAACCUCCUUUCUGAUGAGUGUUCCUCUGAAAGCUAGGACUUGUGCCGCGUAAGCGCUGGCUGCGCUGAUGUGAUUGAGGACAGCCCUCACUGUCUCUCAGCAGGGAGAAGUGCUGUCCCACACAGCUGGGUGGUUUCCUCACAGGUGAUCAAUCUCAAGCUGUGUAGGAGAGGCCACAGUGAAGGCAUGGAGUUUAGUCUGUCUGGCUCUUGUCAGGGUGCCGUCUAGACAUCUAGGAGCUCUCAGCAGAGCAGGCUCCAUGCUGGUCUCCGGACACCUCACAGUUUCGCACUUUGGGGCCCAGCCUCCCUGUGAUCAGAAUCCAGUUUGCUGAGGACUGGCCAGCCACAUCUGUUCUUGUCUUUAUUUUCCUUUGGCUUUCCCCUGAUUACUGUAGUUCUUGCCAGGGAUGUAGAAGAGGAAUGAGAUCCUUCCCAGUAGAAGCAGGUACUGCUGGUGAUGGGGGUGAGGCAGAGGCAGGCAGACAGUGCGCCAGUUCUCCACCAUGGCACCGCACUGCUGCAUGUGGAGGUGCAGGGUCUAGGAAGAGCUCCAGGGUACAAAAAUGAAUAUGUAAAACUGACCAGCUAAGAAUACCAGCACAGCGGGUGCCUUACAUUUUCUCGGGUUUUAUUGGGGUGCUUGGGGUGGGAUGGUUAGUUUGUUUGUUUUGCUUUGGGGAUUUUUAUGAAACAGUAUUUCAUGGCUGGUCUUGAACUCCUGAUCUUCCUGCCUCUGCCUCCCAGGUGCUGAGAGUAGAUACCAUGCUCAGCUUUGGUACUCUGUGGUCUUGCUGUGUUUUUGUUUAUCUUGGGCUUCUUUCCUCUCAUUUGGAGGCUGUGGAAGGCCUCCGCGGCCAUGUGUUUCCUAUCUGCCCUUCUGACUGCAGAGUGUAAGACCUUGAGAAGUUAAACCUUGGGGGAAGUCUGUGUUUUUCUGCGCUGAGUGGUGUCUGAGCUGAUGACAGAUGACAGUGCUGAGGCCAUGCCCACAGGGACAGGGUCCGAGCAACAGCCCUCUCCUCAGUCCCUUGUCACUUGGGCUGUUUGUCCUUAGUUCUCAUUCUUCAUCCGGUUGUUCCUCAGCUUUUGUAGACCAUCCAGAGUUCAAGCCAUGGCUGGGAGGGAGAAAGCCAUGUCCUGCCAAGCACAGUGCCCCUGCCCGUGGUGACUUCAGUGCCUGUGCCAAGCACAGUGCCCCUGCCCGUGGUGACUUCAGCUAUUCUGGAGAUGGAAGCAGGAGAAUCAGUUGAGCCCGGGGAUUUGGGACUACUCUGGCAAAAGAGACCCUGAGAGGGAGUGGGGCUGUCCCAAAGCAAUCGGCCUUCUAGCAAUAAUGACUGUCUGGCAUAUUCCCUUCCCAACUCCCACGAGCACCAGACACAUGCCAGUCUCCCUGAGACCCUCAGGGACAAACCCACCCACCAAAUCUAGCAGUUCCUAAGUAUCCCAGUUUGAGAUGCACCACUACCAACAUGAAUUAAAGAGGGAACCCCCAGCCAUCUGAAGAGAAGUGUUUCCAGCAUCUGCUGAAGGCCCUGGAUUUCUAGCCCUCUGAUUGAGGUUGGAGUUCUGGGACACCCUGAGUAGCUUACUGAUUGUCACUACAUUAGUGGAAUGCACUUGAUACAUCGUGGCCUCCUUUCUGUCAAGAGCACACUAGAUAGCACCAAGCACUGCCCAAGCAUGACAUACUAUUAGAGGUGAACAGGGCUCAGAACGGAAGUGUAAGGUGUGUCGCUGUGUAAUAUUUCUAAUAAAUAUAUUUUGUUUCUGUCUCAA